UCCACAGAUGAGAUGGCGAAUCCUUCCCUGCCCAAGAGUGGAGGGGACCCUGGAAUUACGCCUCUGUCUCCGUCACACAUCCAGCAAAGUGACACGGACCAGGUGCAAUCCGGACCGUCCUUUGUGGUGGUGGUGGCCAUUGAUUUUGGUACAACAUCAAGCGGUUAUGCUUACGCCUUCACUAAGGAGCCGGAGUGCAUUCACACCAUGAGACGUUGGGAGGGUGGAGACCCUGGUGUGUCCAAUCAGAAGACCCCAACCACCAUCCUCCUGACUCCAGACAGAAAGUUCCACAGCUUCGGCUAUGCAGCCCGGGACUUCUACCACGACCUGGACCCCAGCGAGUCCAAACACUGGCUCUACCUAGAGAAAUUCAAAAUGAAGCUUCACACCACUGCAAACCUUUCCAUCGAUACCGAGAUCCAUGCAGCUAACGGGAAGCGAGUGAAAGCCCUCGACAUCUUUGCCUACGCACUGGCUUUCUUUAAGGAGCAAGCAUUAAAGGAGCUCAGCGAUCAAACCGGCAGUGAAUUUGACAACAGCAACGUGAGAUGGGUGAUCACAGUUCCAGCAAUCUGGAAAAUGCCUGCUAAGCAGUUCAUGAGGGAGGCAGCUUAUAAGUCGGCUCUGGUGUCACGUGAAAACCCAGAGCAGUUGAUCAUUGCUUUAGAGCCUGAAGCAGCGUCCAUAUAUUGCCGUAAGCUCCGCCUCCAUCAGAUGGUGGACCUGGGUACACAGACCACCCAGAACGGUUUCAGCCCCAAUGAGAACAUGGGCAGCGGAAUGACCCAAGUUUCUCCAGCUAAGGAGCAUGUACGGCGCAACCGACAGAGCCGCACCUUUUUGGUGGAAAAUGUCAUAGGGGAGCUUUGGUCGGAGCUGGAAGAAGGUGACCGGUACGUGGUAAUGGACUGUGGUGGAGGAACAGUGGAUCUGACUGUUCAUCAGAUUCGUCUUCCAGAAGGACAUCUAAAAGAGCUCUACAAGGCCUCGGGUGGACCUUAUGGAUCCAUCGGGGUCGAUUAUGAAUUUGAGAAGUUGCUGUGCAAGAUAUUUGGCCAAGAUUUUAUUGACCAAUUUAAAAUAAAGAGGCCGGCCGCCUGGGUGGACCUGAUGAUUGCGUUUGAGUCGCGAAAGAGAGCAGCUGCUCCUGACAGAACCAACCCGCUCAACAUUAACCUGCCUUUCUCUUUCAUUGACUACUACAAGAAGUUCCGAGGUCACAGCGUGGACCAUGCUCUGCGCAAAAGCAACGUGGACUUUGUUAAAUGGUCAUCUCAGGGGAUGCUGAGGAUGACUCCAGAUGCUAUGAACAACCUCUUCAAGCCAACCAUAGACCACAUCAUCCAACAUCUCACCGAGCUCUUUGAGAAGCCAGAGGUUAGCGACAUCAAGUUCCUGUUCCUGGUUGGAGGUUUUGCCGAGUCCGCCCUGCUGCAGCAGGCUGUCCAGAACAUGCUCCGCGGUCGCAGCAGGAUCAUCAUCCCCCAUGACGUCGGCCUAACCAUCCUAAAAGGUGCUGUGCUGUUCGGCCUGGACCCCAGCGUCAUCAAAGUCCGGCGCUCACCCCUGACGUACGGCGUGGGCGUCCUCAAUCGCUUCGUGGAGGGCAAGCACCCGCCAGAGAAACUGCUUAUUAAAGAUGGCACACGCUGGUGCACCGAUGUCUUCGAUACUUUCAUCGCCGCUGACCAAUCCGUAGCACUGGGCGAGAUGGUAAAGCGCAGCUAUACGCCCGCAAAGCCAUCCCAGCAGAUUAUCGUCAUCCACGUCUACUGCUCAGAGAAGGAGAGUGUGGGGUUCAUCAGUGAGCCUGGGGUCAGGAAGUGUGGGACGCUUCGAUUAGAUGUGAGCGGAACGGAAAGCUCAGCACCACGGCGUGAGAUCCAGACCCUCAUGAAGUUUGGUGACACAGAAAUCCGAGCCAUGGCGGUAGACGUGUCCACCGGACGCACUGUCAAAGCUAGCAUCGACUUCCUAAGCCACUAAGGCUGUGCCAGAACCUAGCUCCCAGAUUUCCCAGAAGCAGCAGUCAUCAAAAUACAGCUUGCACAUAACAACUAUGAAUAGUUAUUAGAGAUUUGCAAAGUAUAAUUAAAUCCUAGGCGCUGAUAUUUUUUUGCUAAAAAUGUCCACAGACUUUGGACUGAUGAGUUGAUGAUAAGGGAUCAAACAGGCGCUUAGUUUUUUAUUUACAGAGAAGCUCUGCGGUGAGAAAAGGCUGAAAACAAACGCUGUCGGCUUUGUUUAGUCAGUUUUAAAAGGGAAAGCCAUUAAUACGUCUUUACCUCUGAUAUGUUUAUUAUGUUAUUAUGUGUUAUUAUAAAUUUUUUCACUCUGUAUUUUGAAGGCAAGCCACACAAAUCAUGAUGGAUAACAAGAGGAAAUAUGGUGGAAAGUUUUCCAUACUUUUACAGAAUUUGUAGCAGCAUUUAUUUUUGUUAUGGUGAUUUGCCAACUUGUUUGACUUCGCUCUAAUAAUCAUUUUCAAACAUAUCUCAAGUGCGAUUCAAUCCCUUAUAGCUAAAAGGUGAAACUAUCAAUUCAAUUCAGUUUAUUUCUGUAGCUCCAAUUCCC